UUUGUUUUUUGGGUUAUGGUCCUAUGGACAAUUAAAAACUCCUAGUUCUUGGUUUGCCUUCUCUCCUCUGAUAUUCUUACAAAUAUCAUGCAGAAACUGAAGACUCGCGUGGUGAAAAACAACUGCAAUCCAGAGUGGAAUGAUGAAUUGACACUCUCCAUCACGGAUCUUGAGACCCCAAUCACUCUUACGGUGUUUGACAGAGACACACUAACUUCAGAUGACAAAAUGGGUGAUGCAGAGAUUGACAUCAAGCCCUAUAUAGAAUGCCUUAAAAUGGGGCUGGAAAACCGCCCAGAUGGCAGUGUGGUCAAGCGGAUUCAGCCGAGCCACGAGAAUUGCCUCUCCGAUGAGAGCAGUUGUGUUUGGACCAAUGGAAAAAUUGUUCAGGACAUGUGUCUCAGGUUGCGAAACGUCGAGUGCGGCAAAAUCGUCGUUCAAAUCGAGUGGAUCAAUUUUCCAGGUUGUAAAGGCUUAAUAGGAGAUGAAGCUAAAAAUGGUUCAUUAGAUGUUGAAGCUUCAAAGGGUCUGUUGGGAGUUGAAGGUAAAAGAGGUCUAUUUGGAGUUGAAGCUGCAAAUUAAUUAGUAUUUCUUCUCCUGUAAUGUAUGUAUUUGGUUUCAAGUUUUUGUGUCUUAUGCUUGAAAUAGUGUGUUUGUUUCGAGCUUUGUGUCUUGUGCUUGAAAUAAUGUUGUAUUUAUCUACGUUACAAGCUUAGUGUCUUGGUUAAGAUUGUCAUAGUGGCAUAUCUUCUGUAAGUUUUGUUUCCGAAAAAUUUGUGUUAUCCUGUAUAAAGUACUUGAAAUGGAUAAUGUAUUAGAAAACUAUCUAAACGACCAGUGCAAAUAUA